AAAAUGUGGAGCGGAAGAUUUGAGAGAGCUAGCAAUCAUCACUUGAUGAAAACUUUCAACUCUUCGUUUCAUUUAGAUAAAAGAUUAUACGAAGAAGAUAUAAUGUGCAGCAUAGCUUACGCUAGAGGACAGUUUGAAGCUGGUUUGAUAUCGAAGGAUGAUAGCGAAUCCAUAGAAAACGGACUUAAAAAGAUAAAAGAGGAGUGGGAGGAGGGUGUCUUCCCGGUUCAUGAAGGUCAAGUGGACGAAGACAUACAUUCUGCUCACGAGAGAAGACUGAAGGCAACUUAUUUUAUAAGAAGCCGAUUGGGAGGAAGUUUGCAGAGAGGAAGAAGUCGUAACGAUCAAGUGGCCACCGACAUGUUGCUCUGGCUCAGGAAAUCUUCAGAGAAUAUCGUCAACACGAUAAUACAAUUGAUAAGAAUCUGUUUAGACAAAGCAAAAACGCACAUACACAUCAUAAUGCCAGGGUACACACAUUUGCAGAAGGCCCAACCAAUCAGGUGGAGCCACAUGAUGCUCAGUUAUGUGGCAAUGUUUGAAAGAGACCUGGCCAGACUGAAAUACUUCCAAGCAAGCAUCAACGAGUGUCCACUCGGCAGUGGAGCCCUGUCUGGCAACGCUUUCAACAUGAACCGCGAGAGGAUGGCGGGUUGGCUGAACUUCAGCAGGGUCAGCGUCAACAGCAUUGAAACUGUCGGUAAUCGAGAUUUCGUCGCUGACUUUUUGUACUGGGCAAGCAUGUUCUCCAUCCAUUGCAGUCGGUUGUCAGAAGAUUUCAUACUGUUCUCAACCAGAGAAUUCAAAUUCGUCAAAUUAUCUGAACAAUUUAGCACGGGAAGCAGCUUGAUGCCGCAGAAAAAAAAUCCUGAUAGCUUGGAGCUUGUGAGAGGAAAAUGUGGACAAAUCAUGGGAAAGUGUUUUGGUUUCUUGACGACCAUGAAAGGGCUUCCAAGCUCGUACAGCAAAGAUCUGCAGGAAGACAAGCAGGCCAUGUUCGACGUUCACGACUGCGUACUGAACAUCAUCGAGAUCAUCAAGGGAGUCAUCGAAAGCCUGCAGAUAAAUGAGGAAUCCUGCGUCAACGCUUUAUCGCCCGAGUUACUUGCCACCGAUCUUGCAUACUAUUUAACUAAAAAAGGGGUAGCAUUCCGGGAUGCACACUUCAUUGUGGGACAGCUGGUUUUGAAAGCAGAGCAACUUCACUGUGAAAUAUCACAAUUAUCUUUGGAUCAACUUCAGACUAUUAGUUCACAUUUUUCGGAAGAUGUAAAAAACAUUUGGAACUACGAAAGAAGUGUUGAACAGUACAAAUCCACCGGAGGAACCAGCAUCUCCGCCAUACAAGCCCAAAUUAACUAUUUCGAAGAAAUGAUCAAUCUUUGAAUCAACUCGAUUCACCUCGUUUCAUACAAUAAAAUAACAUGGUGAUGCAAUUUUAUUCUUGUUUAAUUUGUUCAUUUUAUCAACUUGUUUGGUUUUUUAUUAAAUUGAUAUUUGCAGGCAGGUAAUAGUUUGUUGAUUGGUGGUAACAUUUAUUUUCAAGAAAUGAAAUAAAAAAGAGUUUCAUAAAACACUGAAACGUUUUUAUGAAAUGCCAAUAAAAAAAGACAA